GUGCCUUGCAAGCACCACCGACUCAUCGCCCGCUGCGACCACGAGGGAAGGACGGGACUGCCGUCGACCAGUUUCCAGACGUCAACGCGCCGCAUCUCCCCCAACGAACCCAGGCGACCAGUGCCAUUACUUUGAGGCUCCAAGCAUGUUCUUGGCGACUUCGUCGCGGAGCCUGGCAGGCCGCCUGACGGCAGCAACCUCGCCGCUUCAUCCGGCUCGGCGGCAGUUGCUUGCCAGACUGUCAAGGCGCCCUCUCUCUUCUGCAGUUCAGGUGCCCAAGGGCAAGGAGCCGACUGAGCUUGACCAAAUUACCACUCUCCCCAAUGGUGUACGAGUUGCCUCCGAAGCACUGCCUGGAUCCUUCUCGGGUGUAGGCGUCUAUAUUGAAGCUGGAUCACGCUUCGAAAAUGCGCCGCUGAGUGGUGUCAGCCACAUUGUGGACCGGCUGGCCUUCAAGUCGACCACCAACAAGGACGCCGAGUCCAUCACAGAGGUCGUCGAAUCGCUCGGCGGCAACAUCCAAUGUGUCUCGUCACGCGAAUCCAUGAUGUACCAGGCAGCCACCUUCAACUCGGCUGUUCCCACAGCCACAGAGGUCCUCGCCGACACGAUACGGAACCCCCGCAUCACUGACGACGAAGUCGCCCAGGAGCUAGCCACGGCCGAGUACGAAAUUACCGAGAUCUGGAAGAAGCCUGAGCUCAUUCUUCCCGAGCUCGUUCAUCUUGCCGCCUUUAAAGACAAUACUCUUGGCAACCCCCUGCUCUGUCCGAUGGAGCGAAUACCAGAGAUCAACGCCUCGGUGGUCCGCGCAUACCGGGAAGCUUUUUACCGUCCCGAGAGGACCGUUGUCGCCUUCGCUGGCGUCCCUCAUGACGAGGCUGUCAGCCUGGCGACACAGUUUUUUGGUGAUAUGGGAGCUUCCACCGGAAGUCUAUCGCGGACAGAGUCAGAAUCUUCCCUCGGCUCUCUGUCCCCAGAUUCUAGCACGGACUCUAGUCCGUCAGUGAACUCCUCGCCCGCAUCCUCGCAAUCAUCGUCUGGCAUUUUCUCAAAAUUGCCUUUGUUCAAGAAUCUCGCCUCCUCUGCGCCAAAACCAACGACUCUACCGACUGCCGAGGAGAUCAACCAGCCGUCCCGCUACACGGGAGGCUUUGUUGCUUUACCCAUGCAGCCACCUUCGUUGAAUCCCAACAUGCCAACCUUCACACAUAUUCACCUUGCAUUCGAAGGCUUGCCUAUCUCAUCUGAUGACAUAUACGCUCUCGCCACGCUAAAUACUCUUCUUGGAGGCGGUGGCUCCUUCUCUGCUGGUGGGCCCGGAAAAGGCAUGUAUUCUCGCCUCUAUACAAAUGUCCUUAACCAGCACGCGUGGGUCGAAUCCUGCAUUGCCUUCAACCACUCAUACACAGACUCUGGGCUAUUUGGCAUAUCAGCCAUGUGUAUCCCGGGCCGCACCCAGAACAUGCUCGAUGUUAUCUGCCAAGAAUUGCGCAGCUUGACCUUGGACACGGGGUUCGCGGCCCUCGGGCAGGCGGAAGUCAACCGGGCUAAAAACCAACUCAGGUCGAGUCUGCUCAUGAAUCUGGAGAGCCGGAUGGUUGAGCUGGAGGACUUGGGGCGACAAGUGCAGGUCCAUGGACGUAAAAUUCCAGUCCUGGAGAUGUGCCGCCGCAUCGAGGCCUUGACAGUCAGCGAUCUACGGAGAGUGGCAUCGCAAGUGGUUCGUGGUGAGCUCAAGAACCCUGGCGCGGGUAGUGGUGCGCCAACGAUUGUGCUUCAGGAGGCACAGGCUCACAACGUCACAUCCAAACAAAUGACAUGGGAGGAAAUCCAGGACAGAGUGUACAGGUGGGGUCUUGGCCGCCGUUGAGGGUUCCCGGAAGCACUAGAUGCUCUAGUUGACAUUGGCCACCAGAGCCUCCCUUGUGGAUUGCGCGCGACCAAUGCAGCCGUGCCCCCUCUCCUUGUAUUUUUAAGAAACCUGUAACGAGAAGUUCAACUGUAUAUUGCAACACUAAACAAUAAGGAUUAGGUAUAGACUCAGCGGCUGUAGGGUUUUGUAUAGAAUGCAUCAUCUGCGCCAGCAUUACCGAAGACAUAUGCAUGUCGGCAGUGUGCUCCAAUGUCAACGAUUGGCUUCGGAAUUGUGACGCUGGGUUGGACGUGCGCGCUGAUAGAUAGUCUCCGAGAUCAAAAGCCCGAACGAUAUCAAGAGAACAGCAUCAAGUCG